AUGGCUGAGAAGAGACGAGCGCCCGACGACCAUGUGGAAGAUCUGACAGAACGACCCGAGCCUAAGAAGGUCAAGAAAGUACGAUUCCAGCUCUCCCGAAAUGAAGAAAACCUUCCUGAGAAGGACAUUCCAGCUCCACACACAGACGACGAGCUGACUGAAAGAAGAUUGCGUGCAAUGCGUACGAGGGACCUGGUUCAUGAUAUUCUGGCUGCGAUGUACUACGACAUCCAUCAAUUCGGUAUGCUCCGCAAUGCCCUCAGGCAGAACCGUAUCAGACUCUUUCCGGACCUAAAUUUCUACAAAAUGCAACAUAAAGAAGCAGGCUGGUUAUUGGACAGAGCUAUUCGCCGAGAAAUGCUUGCGAAGGUAGGCCAGACAAGUGGUGAGGAUCGGACUUACCCGUCGAAGCAGGAAGCACAGCGUGUUGGCCAUUUCAUUCGACAUCUCAAUUGGAGGAUAUUUGCCAUGUGUGCACUCUCAGAAGCCUUUCGGCUGGCACUUUAUGCAGAAGAUCAACUGGUCUGGGCAGUUUUGGUGCACAAGAUCAUGGAGAACCGGACCAGCAUUGACAUCUUUGCCCAGUCACGAGACUUGGACUGGCAAGGCCAGCUAUUGAAACACGCGGACAAAGAUAUACCAGGUCUUCAACAAGCACUGGUCCCGAUGCCUGAUAUGACUUCGGAGCAUUUUCAUCAGAUAGUCCUUGCAGAUGGCGCUCUGCGAAAGCCUCGGUACGACGGACACAACCAGAUCAACAUCGACAACGGGAAUAAGUUCAUUCCCAGCUACUUCAAAGACAACAAAGAUCCCACGAUUCGCGUUCUCGACCGCGACGGACGUUGCGAUCUCUGCUAUGCAGAGCGAGAAUGCAAUUGCAGGCUAUCUACCCCGACUCUUGCCACGUGCUUGGUUGAACUUGUUGACUACCCACCCAGGGGGAUCGGAGUACGGGCUCUGGGCAGAUUCAAGAAGGGAGACAUCCUCGACGAGUAUGUCGGUGAGCUUCGGCCUGUAGGCUAUCAGGAAGAUCCUGUAUAUGCUCUACUGCACGAGUCCAAGAUGGUUGAAGGCGAGCCACUUGCUUUGAUAUCGGCCAAACGGUAUGGAAAUUGGACUCGGUUCCUCAAUCACUCUUGCAAGCCGUCGACAGCGUUUCUCAAGAUGACCGUUGGCAGAAAAACCAUUGUGGCUGUCCAGGCACUCAGGGAUAUUGACAUGUUCGAGGAGAUUACUAUUGAUUAUGGCAAAGGCUACUGGAAGAAUAGAGUGUGUCUUUGCGGGGAACCUGGUUGUCGCUCGCAAACUGCCACCGAAGAGGAGACUGAGGCUUGA